ACAGGAUUUCCGCUUCUACCGGAAGUCUUAUAUUUGGCCUAAGUGGAGCAGGAGAAAUGGCUGCUUCCAUUGUGUGUGGCUAAGCUAACCUGCUGUUGGAUUGAAUUCUUUUAAUUUAAAGGGUCAGGUGCUUUAAUUAGUAACGGCGUAUUUACGUUUAGCGCAUCAAUGCCUGAGCAAGGACCGAGAAUGAACGGCUUCUCCCUGGGCGAGCUGUGCUGGCUGUUCUGCUGCCCGCCCUGCCCGAGCCGCAUCGCCGCUAAGCUGGCCUUCCUGCCCCCGGAGCCUACGUACUCGGUGCACACAGAUACCGAGGGCGCGUGCAGCCUGCACCUGAGCGAGCGCGCGGAUUGGCAGUACUCCCAGCGCGAGCUGGACGCCGUGGAGGUGUUCGGCACGCGCACGAGCCGCGGUAACCGCGUCCUCUGCAUGUUUGUCCGCUGCGCGCCCAGUAGCCGCUACACGCUGCUCUUCUCGCACGGGAACGCCGUGGACCUCGGGCAGAUGUGCAGCUUCUACAUCGGCCUCGGCUCCCGCAUCAACUGCAACGUCUUCUCCUACGACUACUCCGGGUACGGCGUGAGCACCGGGAAACCGUCCGAGAAGAACCUGUACGCUGACAUCGAGGCGGCCUGGCAGGUGCUCAGGACAAAGUAUGGCGUGACCCCAGAGAACAUCAUCCUGUAUGGUCAGAGUAUCGGUACAGUGCCAACGGUGGACCUGGCGGCACGGUAUGAGUGUGCAGCAGUCAUCCUGCAUUCCCCGCUCAUGUCUGGACUGCGCGUGGCCUUCCCCGACACACGCAAAACCUACUGCUUCGAUGCUUUCCCCAGCAUUGAUAAGGUGUCAAAGGUGGCCUCUCCGGUCCUCGUGAUUCAUGGCACAGAGGACGAGGUGAUCGAUUUCUCGCACGGCCUGGCCAUCUACGAGCGAUGCCCGCGUGCCGUGGAACCGCUGUGGGUGGAGGGCGCCGGGCACAAUGACAUCGAGCUGUAUGCCCAGUACCUGGAGAGACUCAAGCAGUUCAUCUCCUUCGAGCUGGCUACCUCUUGAAAGCACACUGCAGCACACUGUACAACAUCACGGCACACACUGCGAUGAGCUCCUCUCAGCUCUUUACACACCGAGCCGAGGAUCAGAGUCAAGGAUUUGCACUUGCUGACAAAUUCUUUUUAAGUGUAUAUGGUGGUAUUAAGGAAUGGGGCCUUUGUAUUUCUGCAAAGAGGAAACGCCUUUUAUCGAUUUUUAUUUUUGAUUCUUUUAUACUUGAUGAAGAAAAAUUUUAAGUGCACCACAUUACAUAUUUUGUGUGUUUUUGAUUUGUCUAGCUGAAUUUUUGUGUGUGUAAAACCCAACAGGGGAAAGUAAAUAGAUGCACUAUUUGUUGUACUGUUAUGUUCAGUUGACCACUCUUUAUUUUUUUUUUAUUAUUUUUUUUUUUUAAUUCAUUGUUUUGUUUUCAUUAUUUCUAGGCAUUCCAUUGAUCCACUGGAUUCUCUUGACUGGGGUCAAAGAGGAUUUGCUCUCAGAUUUUUUUACAGAGCCAGUCUGUGUGUAUAGUGUUGUUUUUUUUUGUUGUUGUUGUGUUUGGUUUUUUUUGUUGCCAGUAAGUGAAGGAAUACUACCACUGCGAAUGCAUCAAGAUCACAUGACUGAUCAAACCACUACAUUGUUUCUGGCUCUGGAGCAUGGUGCUGUGUGUUACUACAGUAAUCAGGGCAUUGUUUGAGCAUACACACUACAUAAAUAAGGUGUUCAUUUAUGAAAUCUUGGUCUCUGUUUUGGCGCCAGUUCUACAGUAAGCCUUAUGCUCUCAGACGUUUUUGCUGUCUCAUUUCACGGGAGCAGGCUUUUCUCAAGGUUAAUACUAGCUGCUACUCUUCCAAUGAGAAAAAUCACUGUGAGACCGAACUGGCAAAACAAUAAGGGUACAAGGUGAAUUGUAUUGAGCCACAAAUAUCAUCUCACCCACCCAAAAUUCUGCAGCUGCUUCCUCAUUCCUGACAUUAUCUACUGACCCUAAAGGACUAUAACCUCUGAACACAAAGACAAGAGAACACUAAAAGUCCUCAUAUUUCAGUGCUGGCUUUGCAAAUGUUAAUGUAUUCAGGAGUAGCACUGGACACUAGAAGCUACAAUGGUUUAAUUAAUAAGAAGAACUCUUGUUUAUUCGAAGUAGGUGCAAUUACUAUGUUGCAACUUUUUGUGAAGGGUUUUUUUUUUCUUUUCUUUUUUUUGUGCAAAUGGGCUGGACUUAUCAGUGUUCAUCUAUAUAUUGCUGUAAGAUAACACUGCAAUGGCAGACACAUGCGUAACGGGAUGUUUUUGUGUUUCUCCAUGAGGCCUGAAAGAGGUUUGAACCUCGUCCUUUAUCCUCUGGAGUUUUUGAUCGAGACGCAGCCCUAACUGAGCCCCUCUGUUGCUUUUGAUACCGAUGUUUUUAACAAUGUUUUUUCCAGUACUUAUUAAUAUUAUCUUUACACCUCUUUUAAUGCUGGUUUGUAAGAUAACCGUACUGUACACAUCAUCUCUCCUCUCAAUAGAUAUGUAAAACAGGAAACUGUAUUUAGUCUUUUUAAUGAUUUUGACACUGGAAUUGCUGUAUGCAAGUAUAAUGCUGAAAAAAGAAAAUAGUUGGUACAAAAUGUGCUAGUGUAAUUUUUGUUUUCUCAGAUCAAAUGAAAAAGCCUUAAAUGUGCUGUGAGACAGAUUUAUUACUCACUUGAUGUUGGUUGUUGCCUCAGAGCAACCCACUGGAUGUUGUAUUGCUAUAUAAUGGAAUAAAGGAUGCAUGGACUAUUGAACAUACUUUUUUCCUUUUUGUGCAGGUCGCUUAUCUGUAUUUGCUCGUCACUUCAAGACUGAUUUACAGUCAGGUUCAUAAAUAUUCAGACACUUAUUUUAUCUAUUAUUCUAGUUGUCUGGCAGCCUAUAUAGAAGUUGAAAUUAAAUAAUAAAGAUUUAUUAUUUAUAUAAUUUUAUAUUUUUAAGGGGUCAAAAAUUGGUCAAUCAAUCAUAAAUCAAAUUACUUUUAAUAAUUGGUUGCAAAUCCUUAGUUGCAAGUCAGUAAGUCUGGAACCUAUAGUCAUUACCUGACACUGGAUUUCUUACCUGGUGAUCCUCUGCCAGGCUUGUACUGCAGAAGUCUACAAUUGCUGCUUGUUAUUGGGGUAGUUUGCCUUCAGCAACUAAAGUGCAUGCUCAGUUGGAUUCAGGUCAUGUGAUUGACCUGGCCAUUGUGGAACAUUCACGUUUGCCUUAACAAGUCUUGGGUUGCUUUUGAAGCAUGCUUCAGGUCCUUGUCCAUCUGCACUGUGAAGCACCAUCCAAUGAGUUUUGAGGCAUUUGACUGAAUCUGAGCAGAUAAUAUAGCCCUGUACACUUCAGAGUUUAUCCUGCUGCUUUUGUCAAGCAGUCACAUCAAUAAAUACAACUGAACCAGUUCCAUUGGCAGUCAUGCACCGAUCAGCCUUAACAUUAAACCACCUGCCUGAUAUUGUGUAGGUCCCCCUUGUGCCAUCAAAACAGCUCUGUCCUUUUGAAGCAUGGACUGCUGUGGUAUCUGGCACCAGGACGUUAGUAGCAGAUCCUUUGUCCUGUACGUUGCAAAGUGUGGCCUCCAUGUAGCAGACUUUUUAGCGCAGCACAUCCCAAGAUUCUUGAUCGGAUUGAGAUCUGGGGAAUUUGGAGGCCAACUCGACGCCUUGAACUCAGUCGUGCUCCUCAAACCAUUCCUGAACAAUUUUUGAAGUGUGGCAGGGUGCAUUAUCCUGCUGAAAGAGGCCACUGCCAU